AUGGCAGAAGCUAAGUGUACGAAAUCGCCGGCGGCGGAAUGCUUACCAUUGCAAAGUGUAGUAGACCAAAUCGAUGAGCUUGUCAAUCAAGCCUCCAAGAAAUCGAUUGACGACUUGGAAGUAAAUGAGCUCGACCAGAUACUACAACUUGCCGAUUCAAUCUCGAACUAUAGGGGAGAAGAUGGUGCUGAUCCCGAUCCACUCCUCAGAUCCUCACAACGAGCCAACGCACUCUUUGCCAGAUAUCGGAAAACGAGUGACGAAAAGAAUCUAGAGGAAUCUCUCUCUUGGUUUCAGAUUUUACUUCGAGAGCCGCCAGAAGACGAGGAUGCCAGAAUCAGCCUACUUUAUACAUACUCGGUGGUAUUAGGAGAAAGCUAUGUUCUCACUCAAAAUGCUACUCAUCUACAUGAAUCUAUCAAGUGCCUCCAGGAGGUUAUCGACUAUCGAUAUGGGCAUUCAACCGUUUCUCCCACGCUUACGAUUAAUCUCGGAAUAAUGCUCAAACACAAAUAUUUCCGAAGUGGCGAACAGAACGACUUUGAAAACGCUAGGAGCCCAUUAAGCGACUUACAGGGCACGUCCGAAGAGAAAGCAGCCUUUGUAGAACUCGUCGACCUACAUGAUGAGAGCUUCAUUAGAUCCGGGUUCGAAUUACACCGAGAGGAGUCCUUACGACUCCGAAAGAAGCUCCGUGAUAUGGGCUCUGAAUUUGUUCAUUCGUUCCGGAUCGAUGAGUUGGCGAGAGAUAACCCUGACAGAUUUUCUGUACGGCAAUCGAUCGAAGACGUAGAAAAGUCCAUCAAAAUCUGCCGAGCCGCUCGCCAGCUCGUCCCACAAGACAAUCCCAGUUACCCGGAUUGGCUAUAUUGGCUCUCAUUCUAUAUGUCGAAAAGGUUUCAAAGUACCAGGGAGAUCCCUCAUGCAGAGGAAGCUCUUCAGUUGCUUCGCCAGGUUCUCAAUAUUACGGACCAAGAACAUGACGACUAUCCUUAUUAUCUUUUGCAAAUCUCGGAGGUCCUCAGGAAUCUUUACCAUGAAACAGACGACGUUGAAAGCAUUGAUGAGGCUAUCCAAUUCAGCGAACUGGCUCUCUCCAUCAUCUCAAAGACUCAUUCGCUCCGACAAGAUGCCUUAUUCGACCGUUCAAUCUUGUUAAGCCACAGGUACAGAUCCAAAGGGGCACUCGCCGAUCUAAAUGAAGCCAUCUCCCUGGGUGAACAGACCCUUUGGGAAGGAUCGAAUGAUGACGCACCUAAACCCUGGCUGCUGUUAAACAUGGCGGAAAUUCUACAUAUGAAGUAUGAAAGGACCGAUUCCUCAUUCGAUCUUGGGAAGGCAAUUGAAUUUGCAAAAAAGGCCAAUGAAGAGCUGCAAUCUGAUGAUUCAGGCAAAAUGGUAUGCUUCAAAUUGUUGUCCAAAUUGCUCCUCUCCCAAUCAAAGUUGUCUGGAUCCUAUGAGAGCGUGGAGGAGGCGGUGGAAUAUGCCGAGCAGGCCCUGGACCAGGCCUUGGAGCACUUUGAGGGGAACGCCACCAACGAAUGCAGAUACAUAUUUUGCUACGUUCAUGCCAUGCUGGAGAAGUACGCUAAGCAAAUCCAUGAUAGAAUGAAAGACAAAAGUCCCGUCGAUGAGAUCGAUGAAAUGACUGAGAUCAGUCUCAUGGCCAUCGAGAGCCUGCCUGAUGGUCAUCCGACCAAGAGUUCUCUAUUAUUGACACUUGGUAGCCUGUACAGCUGCAAACUAUCAAGGGUCGCCAAUGCUGAUGGCUCCUGGGGACAGGCUUUCGAAGAAGCUUGCAUACAAGCUUCUAGAAGCUACGAGAGAUGCCUCACUACGCCUGGAGCAAAGCCGAUGGCGCGCAUACAGGCUGUAAUGGGUCUGCUUAAUAUAGGCCUUGCGAUUGACGGCAGAGUCACCGCAGGGAUGCUGGGAAUACUUCUUAUUCAAGAGUUUCAGGGACAAAUCUUCACUUUGGAGGACAAGCAGUAUUGGGCAAGUGAGGUACUUGGGCUUGCUUCCGAUACCGCGGCAGCGAUGAUGACGUAUGAGAGGACACGGGCUUCAAAACACCCCGAAGUAUCCCAUCUUGAGAUGGGAUGGUUGGCCUUAGCGACGCUGUCUAGAGGACGCGGUAUGCUCUUGUCGUCUAUCAAAGGUCGUCGUGAACAUUCAAUAGACGUGGAAGGAGGGAACUCAAAGUUAGGAAAGACGUCAGUAAAUCCUCAUGUCGAACUCAUGGAACAAAUCUCCCAUGGACUGAAGCUUGCAAUCACGAGCGAAGUGGAGCCUCAUGCUAUUCAAAGUAUGGAAGAAGAUAAACAUCGCGUAGCAGGAUUCAUCGAUGACCUUGUGAAUGAUAUCUGGGGUCUCGCUGAAAUGGAUUACUUUCUCAGCGUCCACCCCCGCAGUGAUAUUCUGGAAGCAGCCAAGUCGGGCCCCAUUGUUGUGCUGAACCUGAGUGUCAAGAGCUACGAAGGCUGUGACGUAUUUAUCAUCACUCAAAGCCACCUCGAAGUAAUAAACUUCAAAGAUGUUGGGCAAGAGGAAAUCAGGUAUUGGGCCCUAAGCGGCGAGAAAAUAUGGAGCAAAAAGUGCCUUGCCUGGCUCUGGGAUACAAUCACAGGCCCUAUCAUGGAUGCGUUGGGGUUCACUCAGCCACCGGAUAACGAUGACUGGCCUCAUGUGACAUGGAUCCCAACGGGCGUCUUGAGCAAAUUCCCGUUGCAUGCGUCAGGUAGGCAUGAACGCGGUGGCCACGAAACAGUCAUGGACCGAGUAGUCUCUUCAUACGGCACAACUGCCCAGACGCUGGUAGCUUCUCGCCUUCAAGCCCCGACUGUGUCAACACCAGCGGAGGCUCUACUCGUGGCCAUGAGCAACACUCCUGGACAUGGAACACUGCCUCAUGCUACCGAUGAAGUGUGCGAAAUUCAAAAGAUUUUCGAUCGUACGUCGGUUAAUGCUGCUCAAGUACGGGGGUACAAGGAAAACAUCAAGUCCCGCCUGAGCAAAUGCAACAUUUUCCAUUUUGCAGGACACGGUUAUACGGACUAUGUUGACCCAUCGAAGAGCCAUCUCUGCCUGGAAGACAAAAGCAGCCCUCUAUCAAUAGCCGAGCUACUUGACCUGAAUCUGGACCAAGGCGCGCACUUUCUUGCUUACCUUUCCGCCUGUGGUACAGGCCGCGUGCGAGAGGAAAAGUUUCUCGAUGAGAGUAUUCACCUGAUCAGUGCAUUCCAAGUCCUGGGAUUCCGCCACGCCAUCGGUACACUUUGGGAAGUGCAAGACGAGACUUGCAUGGAAAUAGCUCGGUUGACGUAUGAAGUCAUUCGAGAUGAGAAUAUGACAGACCAAUCGGUUAGCCGAGGACUUCACAAGGCGACGAAGCGGGUACGGGAUGAGUGGCUGGCCGAGUAUGCCAGGCGUACUUUAGAUACAAGAGCUGGGAAGAUGGUUUCUCAUCAAGAGGAUAUCUCAAACUCCAGUCUCCAAGAGAGAGGAGAUGAUGCGAGAGAAGGCCGAGACAUCCUACCGUUGGAAGAUGACUGGGGCCAGUCGAGCCCUCCGCCAUGGAUUGCCUACGUUCAUUAUAGAGUAUAA